AUGGAGCAUUCACAAAGUACUCAUGUCAGGCUGGUUUUGUUUACAUUCCUUCAUGGGUUCAUUCUUUUAUGCAUGAGCAUACCUCUGGCGUCUGCAAAGCUACCCAGUGGCAAUACUUUUGGAAAUGAAAUUGAUCGCCUGGCGCUGCUGGACUUGAGGAAAAGAACCACUCAAGAUCCUCUUCAUGUCGUGAGCUCAUGGAAUGAUUCCAUUGAUUUAUGCGGUUGGGUUGGCGUUACAUGCAACCAUUCCACCAAAAGAGUCUUCAUUGUGAACCUUAGUUUGUAG